AUGUUUCUGUGUCAGAAAUGGAUACUACACUGUUUAACUGUAUUCAAUAUCUUCUAUUUGAUCACUGGAUGUAUAGCAUUAAGCAGUGGGAUUUAUGAAUUCACAUAUAGUGAAUAUCACUUUCUUAGAGGAAAGUAUGGACUAUCACUAUUCACUGGAUCUUAUAUAACAUGUACGUGUGGAGUGUUUAUUCUAAUUACUAGCCCACUUGGAUGGGUUGGAAUUUUGUCUCAAUCAAAGAGUUUAUUGACAAUGUUCUGCAUACUGUUGGUGCUUAGUGGAGUCUGUUUACUUGGUUGUGGAAUAUGGGCAUCGAAGUACUCUGAAAAUAUUCAUUAUGAAUUAGAACAAAUGUUCAACAGACUAUUAGAUAAUUAUGAUGAGAAACGUUUAAUGGUCAAUGAAGAUACGAAAUUUUUCAAUUAUCUACAAUAUAAACUUGAUUGCUGUGGUAAACUAAGCGUUGAAGAUCUGUCAGAUCGUAAGCCAAUUUUGGCAUGUGGAUUGAAAGCUGGUGAAAAGAAGGGUUGUUUAUCAAAACUCACAGGUUUAACAAAAUCAGGUCAGUUUCGUAUCGCGCUAGUCAACUACUGUAUAGCAGUUUGUCAGUUCUUUGGUGUUAUACUUUGUUCACUGUUCACUUGUUCUAACCGAAAUCAUGCUAAUAACAACGGGAAUAAUUAUAAUAAUCAUCAUUAUGAACAGAAGAAGAAAAGAACUUCCAAGACAGCAUUAAUGACAUUAUAG